AUGCCUCAGCAGCCCUUGAACAUACCUUUGAGGACAUCCAGCGCCAAUGCUGUGCAGGGUGGGUUACUUUCGGGAGAGAAUAGUAGGGAGGAAGUGAGACUCGAAAGUACGUCGAAAGCUCAAAAAAUCUUGGGCACCAGAGGCAUUCCUUUUCACCAAGACAACCAAAAACGGGAAGAUAAAAAGAGAGGGCAUCGGCCCAGUUUUAUGAAAACUUCGGAAACAAAAUCAAAGAAAGUAGGCAAUUUUGUUCCCUUCCCAGCAUCGAUUGCCGAAAAUUCUCUAUCACCUCAGCACCUGCGGGUCCGAGCAUCCUCUCCUCUCUUGGGUCAAGAGUAUCGGACGCAAGAUCAAUCACCGCCACCGGUGCCCAGAAUUCCAAAGAUCCAUCACUCUGGCUCUGCCUCAACCCUAUAUUCCUAUUUCACUUCUCGAGAUUCUUCUGCAGAUACGAACAAGGCCACUGGAAACGCUACGAAAGAUCUCGAUCCAUCUACGGAUGGAAGCAACGAAUCACAACAAAAUGCCGGGGGAAGCUCGGGGCUUAAACAACCUGCAGGGUUUAUGAAAGAAUCGAAACGGAAGAUGCGUCCUCCUAGGAUUGAUCUUUCUUUGCUAUUUCCUAAGCCACGAGAAAGUGCUGCCCCCCUUCUGUCACCCCAGCGAAUGGUCAAAUCUCCUUCAGCAAUUUCAUUGGCUUCGGAAUAUUCCGCCCCGCCCUCCAAGAAGACCGACAGCCAUGCAACUGGGAAGCGACUCACGAAAUUACCGCCUUCCUCGAGGCGUUCAGCUCGCAGACCAAGUGGCCUUCAAUCAAUCAGCGAUGCUGGCGAGUCUUUGACACCCUAUGACGCACAUAAUACGAAUUGGACGGAUCCCACUCUUGAAAGAGCAGUACCUACGAGUGAAAUGGAUUUGGCCUUGGAAAGGUAUAGCGAUGUACAGCAAGCGUCCCCAUCCGCUGCACGGUCUCUACCGAACCGGUUACACUUGCGGACGAGAAACCGAGAAGAGCUGCCUGGUAGGAAUGAUUCACAACCGCCGAACAGUUCUUUACAGAAAGCUCCAUCGAUCAGCUCUUCAGGGGCCUGGAGCAAAGAAACAUAUCUUUCACCUAAGAACUGUUCGCGUCCCAGGGACAAUCGUGUGUCAAAUUCACCGGACGCUCGACGUAUCCAAUUUCAAGGGAAACCACCCACCCCAGAGGACUAUUCAAUGUCGAGGAAGAGUAGUAAAAGCACGUUGACAAACUCUGACCUCAACAAUCUCAGCGUCCUUUGUCUUUCCUCGUCGGAGGAUGAGAACGAGGAAGAUGAGGAACGUGAGCCUACUAAAGGCAAACCUGAACUGGACAAGGGUGUGAGAGAUAGCAUAGCCACGUACGACGACUUCGAACCAGAAAUCUGCACGGCAUCUGCGGCGCAAGCUACUAGGGGCUCCGUGAGACAGGUGGACCGUUCGAUUUCGACCAGCAGUCGGGGGUCUCGUCCUGUUCAGCGCCAGCAAUCACUUCUUCGGAACCCAUCAAUGUCAUCAGCAGGGCGCUCAUCCGUGGAAACUCGCAAAAGCCAAUCCCGACGUUCGGGUGGGAUUCCAACUAUUUCGGAACCUGAAUUCAUUCACGGCGACCCCAUUUUUAGUCAGCUAGGGAAUUCUGCUCUCUAUCAGAACAGGAACUCUGGCCUGUCUCAAAAAGAAAUGAAUAGGCGAAGCCGAGUUAUAGCUGUGACUAGGCAGGAAGAGAGCUUUCUAGAAGCAAUGAGAGAACGGGAAGGCAAAAUCACCCCCAGUCUCUUCCAAGAAUCCCGCUACAACGCACAAGAACCCGACCGGAAUUCGAUGCUUUCUGUAGCGCCAUCGCGGGACUCAUUCUACGGUUCUGGCAUGUCCUUUCUACGACUAAGCCCAGGCUUCCCGCCUAACCGAGCUCGAAUAGACCAAGGUGCUGUUUCUGAUACGGAGCAGAAAACCAUCAACUCGAGUGCAUCUCCUCGAGCUAGCCUGGUAUAUUCGGAGAGUCUUUCGUCACCCGCGACCAGUGCGGCGUCUCCAAUGACACCGACCCUUCCCAUUCAUCGAUUCUCGCCGCUUCCAUCGCAAAAGCCGACUCCACGUCGCCCUCCCCCCACUAUCCCAGACGCUCAAAAGCGGCAUUCGCGGCGUCGCACUGAUAGUAGCGAGGCCAUUGUUUUGGACGACACUGAAGAACUCAAAGAAAAAAAUGAGUUUCCUCUUUGGGCCGUGGGGUGGAAUAGUGAAGGUGCUAGUUUGACGGCAGUGCAUUGA